AUUUGCGUCGUCAUGAAGACUGUUUCUGCGCUUGCUUUCGGCUUGGCCGCGUCCACCGUAAUGGCGUUGGACCGCCCUCUGUACGGUCUGGACUAUGACACCCGUACGAGUGAAUGGGGUGGGUGCAAGAGCUACGACACGUUCGUCGCCGACUUCAAAGCGUUGGGCAACCUCACCCGACACAUCCGCGUGUACACGACGACCGACGGGUGCAUCCAGCGCCUGCUGGACGCCGCAGGGUCCCAAAACGUCAAGUUGUGGCUCGGGUUGUGGGGCAACAUUGAGCCCGAGAAGGACGCGUACCCUAGCGAGUUCAAGACCCUCCAGAAGCUCGUCAAGCAGAACCGCGUGCGCAACGACAACGUGCUGGGCAUUCACGUAUCGAGCGAAGCGCUGUUCCGCUACUACCAGACCGACAGCUGGAGCAACCGCACCGGCGUCAACAAGCUCAUCGGGUACCUCAACGAAACCCGGUCAUUCCUUCGCGCCAACAACAUCAACAUCCCCGUGACCAUUGCCGACGUUGUGGAUUCAUACCGCGCCGCGCCCGAGCUAUUUGACCACGUCGAUGUCGUGUCCAUCAACCAGUUUUCGCAGUGGGAAGGCGUGUACGCUGCCGACGGCGUCAACGUCCUCUUUGACCGCGUCAAGGAAGUGCAGCUAGCCGCGCGCAAGGUCGGGAAGGUGCUGCUGUUUUCCGAAACGGGAUGGAGUGCCGCUGGGAACGUCACGGCCAUCAAGGAGGCAACCCCUGCGUCGUCCGCGCGAUUCCUGCGCGACUUUAUGCGGUACACUGAGCAACAGAACAUUGCGUACUACUACUUUACGUCGUUCAACUUGGCGUGGGGCGAGGAAUCGUUUGGAGUAGUCGAGCGCAACUUUGGCCUUUUCGACGAGAAGCGCGUGAUCAACCCGUACGUGACCAACGUCACGCUCGGCAAGUACCACAAGCCCGUGCGCGUGUACCACCAGGGCAAAGUGCUCAAGGCAGCUGGCCACAACUCGACGUCGUUCGGCCGAUUGUACCUCGAGGCGCCCGCCCACAGCCUCAGUGGCGUGCUUGACCACGAAAUCUGGUUCUACGACGAAGACCUGCUUACGUUCCGGUCGCGCAGCACCAACCUGUGCCUAGACACGUACACCGAGAACGGCCAGUCGAAGCUCCAUGUGUUCUGGUGCGAUGGCACCAACUACAACCAAAAGUGGCGAUUCCGCGGCGACGGCACGUUCCAAGUCGUGUCCAAGGCCAACGGCCUCGUCCCCGACGACUCGCUCUCGACUGAAGUCGACCCGAAGCUCAGCAACGGCGGCGCGAAACGUGCGACCGAAGACGUCCGCGUGCCCGUGGGUAUCAUCAAGGGGUCCAGCGCCGCCGCGCAUGGCCGCUGCCUCCGCGGCGUCGGCAACGAGAUCGCCAUGCUCGAGUGCCAGAACGACGCCGACAACAAGUUUACGAUCCGCGCGUUGGACACGGAAGAGAUCCACAUCACAGCGUUGGACACCAACUGGAAGCUCACCGAAGACUACGGCCGCGUGACCGUCAACUCGCAGAGCGCCGAGAGCGCCGACUUGGACGCGCAUGUGUGGUUCUACGACCCGCUCCUCCAGCGUAUCCGCAACAAAGCCAACGGCCGGUCCUGCCUCGACUUGGUCGAGAGGAAGGUCAAGGGAUUGGUGCAGGGUCGCGUGUGCGAUCACACGCCGAGCCAGUCGUGGUCGUACAACGACUUCACGGGCCAGAUUCAGCACCUCGGCACGAUCGGACUCUGCCUCAACGUUGACGAAGACGGACAGGAGCUGCACGUUGUGUACUGCGACACUGCGUUGCUGUCGCAAAAGUGGACGUUCGACUUGAUCAACCCCUAAGUAACGUUAGUGUGUCGCGCUGGCUGCAUCAUCCUAAUAUCAUCAACCUUGUCGU